AUGUAUUUAACACGGUCAUCAUCGAUACUCUAUCAAAUAUUAAAUAAAGCUUUAAAUUAUUCAUUAAAGAAAAAAGAUGAAAAACAAUUUAUCAAUGUACGACUUCAACUAUUAGAUCAACAAUAUUGUUUAGAAAUGGAUCGACAAUUAUGGCAAUCCUAUUUAGAUAUUGGUUUACAACAACAUUUAUGGCCGGUAAGUUUUUUAUUUUAUAUUAAAAUCAGUCUUAUAUUUUAUUUGUUUUGAAUUAAUAUUAAGGAUCAAUUUUAUACAAUGGCAAAGACAAACGAUUUCGAUUUAUGUAAACAAUAUGUAAUGAAUUAUAUAGAAAAUAAUAAAAAGCAAUUGAAUCAUUGUAAAUUUGAAUUAACAAAA